AUAUCUCGAACCAAGAAGCAGAUUGAGAUUGCAUCAAGUUAUACCUUAUCUUCUCAGCAUCGCAGCAAAUUUCUUCCCCUGCUUAUAAAAGAGGUCUUCAAAGAUGUGAUGAAUGAGAAAGGUAUUAGGUAUGCACAGUGCAUAUUUGAGGCAGACAAUACCAUAGCUGCAAUAGCACGCAUUCUAAAUUGUCCCGUAUUAAGUUAUGACUCUGACUUCUAUAUUUAUGGAUCGUUAUACAUACCGUUCAAUACAUGGGAAAUUGGCAUAGUGCCUAAUAAACCAACAGGCAGGGGUUACAUGAAACGCUGCAAAAUUUAUUAUGUUGAGAAACUUUUCCGAGCUUACUAUGGAUUAAAUCAGUCUUUAUUGCCUUUGGCAGCAGUAUUAUUGGGAAAUGAUUAUGUGAAGCAACACACGUUUAGAAACUUCUUCCGUCAUCAACCACAAACGGGAAGAAGGAGAUACAACACUGAACAACAACGACGUAUAGACAUCGCAUUUCAUUGGUUACGAUCAAGACAUAGUUUAAAUGAAGCGGUAAUCGAGAUAUUAAGUAGAUGUCGAAAACAAGAACGUAAACACGUUUUAAAUAUAAUAGAAACAACAAUAAAUAGUUACAUCAACGCUGAUCCAUUGAGUGUGUGUCAUACACUAGGUAUUUCUGCGAAAAUCUCUUCGAGGAUAAACAUGCAGAAUAUGUCCAAGCUAUACAAAUUUGAAGGCGAUAUAUAUAAUUUGACAUAUGUGGACAAACAGACAAAUGAGGUGGAGCCGAGCGAUAUGGAAUUAGAGAUAGAGAACAGAGAAGUAGCAAACAUACUUGAAGAAAAGGAAUUGGUUUCUAAUGAGUCUCUGGUUGACAAUUUGCCUCGGUGGUUUAUUAAUAAAUUCAAACAAAGCAGAUAUCCUUCCUAUUUUAUAGAUUUAGUAACAAGGAAAUUGUAUGUUUGCCGUACACAAAUUGAAGAUCCUUCUUACGUCUCAUCUAUCAUUGUAAGUUUAAAAAUUAUAGGUGUUAUUUAUGGAUUAUUGAUCUCAUUGUCAGGAGUAAAAGGAAGAAAAACCGAUAUGGAAUAUAUAACCAAAGAUGAAAAUAAGAAAAUUAAGCGUUAUCAAUUGGAGUACAGCGACAAUAUACUUGGUUGCAAACUACCUUCUUUGCGCAAACUGAGAAAAGUACCCAUUGCCAUCAGAAGAGAAAUUUUAAACACCACUUUGACGAUUUCCGAUGCAAGUUAUGUAAACGAAAUUCCAUCAAUUUGGAUGUUAUAUAUUGCAACUAUGAAGUAUUGGAUAGAUCAACAACAGGAACCAUCUAAAUUUAAUUGUCAUAUAUACUCUUUAUUAUUCACUUUGUUAUUUAAUAUAAUAGAUUAUAAUAUAGGCUUCUAUAGAAUCCUAAGUAAAUUCAAUAAAAGAUUUAGUAGAACUGUGGAUAAUAUUCGACAAGAAAGAGUGAGAAAUUAUCAGCCACAAUACUCAAUCAAUGCUACACUUGCAGAUGCAAUUCACGAGGUUAACGCAAAUGACUGCUUAAUUACAGCCGCAUUUUUUAUAUCUAAUUUUAAAAUAGAUCGGAAACUGUAUAUGCAACCGAAAACAUUUAAUAUUGCAAUUGUUCAUAGUUUUGCAGAGUUUCAAAAUUGUUUGAAGCAUAGUAUGAACUUAAACGCAUUAUUGGGAUAUCCGUAUGAACCAAUCAAAGUUGCUAGUGUGUUCAAUGGGACAUUAUUGUACAAUUUAUGUAGCAUUUUUAAAAAACAUAACGAUGUUGAAGUUUAUAUCAAUUUAAUUUUGCAAGAUUCCCCAAGUUUGUUACGUCUAUUUAACAUACUUUUAUUAAAAGUCAAACCUUUGCUUAAUACUGCACUAAAGAGGAAGACCGAGGAAGCUGACAAAUGUAUAAAGCAAAAAACAAAAAGGUAUCCCAUACGGGACCAUGAAGGUCCAGUGAAGGACCAUAAAGGUUCUGUGAAGGACCAUAAAGGUCCUGUGAAGGACCAUGAAGGUCCCACGAAGGACCAUGAAGGUUCUACGUAA